AUGCAUGAAGGAGUUACUUCCAGGGGCCUCGCGCCCAACUCCCUGAGCGCCUGCGUCCUGGACCUUAGCCUGUGCUUCCAGCUCCUCUUUUCCAGUAUGUGCCUCUGCCUUCUCGGGAUUGCAUUGGCGCUGCUCGUGCAGCCGAGCACGGACUUUGCUCGAGGAGUUCCUGGGCUGAAGGACAGCAUAUUGGCAAAACGGCACCCGUUGCAUGCCGGAGUCGCUCGGCGCGCCGGGGCUGCGCAAGAGGACAACAGUGGCCAGGACUGGCGCGAUCUUGAGGAGGCGGCGGACCAGAGAAUGCGGGCCGAGUUCGUGGAAGAGGACCUGCUCCUGGCGCGGCAGCAGCUGCAAUUUGCUCUGGAGGAGCAAGAGACGGCCCAGGCGCAGGUCGCGACAGCCCAGGAGCAGGUCGCGACAGCCCAGGAGCAGGUCGCGACAGCCCAGGAGCAGGAAGCAAUUGCGGUGAGGCGUCUCGCUCGGGCGGAGGAAUCGGGCGAUGCGAAAAAGGUGCAGGCGGCGGAGAGGAAGGUGCAGGCGGCGGAGAGGAAGGUGCAGGUGGCGGAGAGGAAGGUGGAGAGGGCGAAGAAGGAGGUCCAGGAGGCGGAGAGGAAGGUGGAGAAGGCGGAAAGGAAGGUGGAGAGGGCGAAGAAGGAGGUCAAGGAGGCGAAGGCAAGCGGCCGGACGAAGGAGUCCGAGGCGGGCGGAGUCGGUCGCUUCCGCCGGCCGGCUGCGUUCUGGGACUCUGAUCGUUGCGUGCGGUUCUGA